AUGGUCGCCAGCCUGGAAGAGCGGACGGCGGUGUUCAACAGGGUGGAUCGAGAGAACGAGCGUCUGAAGGAGGCGAACACCAGACUGGCCGUCCUGGUCAGUGAGCAGCAGGCCCUGCUGAACAGGAGACUCGGAAAAGGAGGCUCUGCUCCGAGCCAAGGGGGCUUGGGUAAGCCAGUGGCGGACAACAAACCGCUGCACACAGUUGUGGGCACCCUGCAGCCAUCCGACGUCAUGAUGUCUUCCAGGCUGGCCAUCUGUUCACCCCACCGCCAACAGCCGGGGAGCUUAAGCAGAGCAGAGGCCGAGCUGUCUGCAGGCCACAGCACUGAGACCCACAACAGACUGGGGACAUCUAUGCCCCCACCUUCACCACCCCUGUGGGCAGUGUCCCCAUUUUCCCAGUGGACAGGCUGUCAGGAUGCAUUCCCGCAGCAACACCAGCGACCCCGUUGGAGCCAGGCAUCAACAUCAGCGUCCACGGCUGGGACUGCGGAUGGUCCCCAGCCGUGCUCAUCCCCUCUGUCUGUCGUGGACUGCCUGGAACGGCCACUGCAGGGCCAGCAGCCCCUGGCCUUCAGUCCCUCUGCUGGUGCCAGGAGGGGCACAUGCCCAAGCCCCACUUGGAGCACUCCUGAGUUGGGACAGCAGGUGAAGGGGGGGAUUGGUAAUCCAGAUGUUGGGAGUGCCCAGGGUACGUUCAUGGACCACAAUCUGGAUCGUUUUCUGGGGCGCCCACUUCUGAAUGAUGUCCCUGGAGUUCCCAACCUGGACUUCAGGGCAGCAUCUGCUGGCACCCCCCAGAUGGCUCGCAUGCUGGGAGCCAGCUCAGCUCCCCUUCCUACUGCCUUCUCAGACUCCAUGCUGCUGAGGGAGCGGUCAGCAACAUUGUUGGGGAACCGUGGUGGGGUGCCUGGUCUCACAAGCGUGAGCGAUUUGAUGACAGAGAUGGGGAUCCAGGUGCAGGCACUGCAGAGCGUCCUUGCCACCCAUUCCAUCUGCAGAGGGGGAGACCAGGUGCCUGCCUCGGUGGCAGCAACUCUGAGGAGCAUGGUUUCAACCAUAACAGAGUUGGAGGCCAGAAUCGCAAGGAUGCGGACGCCCAAGCCCUCGGACCUGGCGCACAGCGUGCCCUUGGAUGCGAAUGUGAGCCUGAGCAGGGAGGAGAUGGGCCAGUUUGAGAGAUGCCUGGCCAUGUUGGGCCUCAGCGCUUCCCAGGAGAGUGCGCUCAUUGAAUUGAGGGCGGGACAUAUUGCGGCCCUGACGAAAAUCUACGAAGAGAGGACGAGACUCAAUGCCCAGGCAAAGGCUGCUCUUAGAAGUUCAGGAGCCAGCUCUGAGACCAUGCGAUCGGUUUGGGAUCUAGUCAAGCACAACAUCGGCCAGGAGCAACAGGCGGUGGUGGAUGGGCUCUGUGCAUUGCUGCUGCGGAUUUUGGAACCUCCACAGGCAGCGCUGCUGCUUGUCGACGCACAUCCCAGCAGUGUUGACAUAAUCAAGCUCACCACUGCUGUUGCUGGUCUUUGCAGUGACAGCACUGUUCCCACGAGCACCCAGGUUUAA